AUGAACGGAUGUGCUGACUACACGCCCAGCCCCAGCAAUCCCUCCGAGGAGCCCCCGGAGCCCCGAACCAGCCAAGCCGCCCUCCAGGAGGACGUGGACAUGGGCUGUGGCUCGAGCGGGAACGAGACCAACGAGAACGGCUCGACGGGGCAGGACUCGCAGGGCAGCGACUGUGACGACAGCAGCCGGGAGCUGGGGCUACUGGUGGGGCCCCCUGCGGCCCAGGGUCCAGAAACCUUUGGCCUGAUGAUGGCAAAGUCUCAACACCACCUGUCCACCAGCGGCUGCAGCAGCCAGCAGUCCACCAAAGCCGAUGCCCACAGAGAGCUCAUCAAAACACUGAAGGAGCUGAAGGUCCACCUCCCCGCGGACAGGAAGGCCAAGGGGAAGGCCAGCACCUUGGCGACCCUCAAGUAUGCCCUGAGGAGCGUGAAGCAGGUGAAAGCCAGCGAGGAGUACUAUCAGCUGCUGAUGCCCAGCGAGAACCGCCCCUGCAGCGCCCACGCGCCCUCCUACACGCUGCGCGAGAUCGAGGGCGCCACCUCCGAGCUCAUCGUGAAGAAUGCGGAUAUGUUUGCGGCCGCUGUAUCCUUGGUGACCGGGAAGAUCCUGUACAUCUCUGACCAAGUGGCCUCCAUCUUUCGCUGUAAGAGGGACACCUUCUACGACGCCAGGUUUGUGGAGUUCUUGGCGCCCCAUGAUGUGAGUGUGUUCCACAGCUCCACCACGCCGUACAAGCUGCCGCCCUGGAGCGACCGCCGCCAAGCAGACUCUUUUACUCAAGAAUGCAUGGAGGAGAAGUCUUUCUUCUGCCGUAUCAGUGUCGGCAAAAACCACAAGAGCGAGAUCCACUACCUCCCGUUCCGCAUGACGCCCUACCUGGCCCAGGUGCUCGAGCGGCAGGGUGCGGAGAGCCAGCUGUGCUGCGUGUUGCUGGCAGAGAGAGUGCACUCGGGCUACGAAGCCCCUAGAAUCCCUCCUGAAAAGAGAAUUUUUACGACCACACAUUCGCCAAAUUGUCUUUUCCAGGACGUGGACCAAAGGGCCGUCCCUCUCCUGGGCCACCUGCCCCAGGACCUGAUCGAGACCCCUGUGCUCGUGCAGCUGCACCCCAGCGACAGGCCCCUGAUGCUCACCAUCCACAAGAAGAUUGUGCAGUCCGGGGGGCAGCCCUUCGACUACUCCCCCCUCCGGUUCCGUGCCCGAAAUGGGGAGUACAUCACGCUGGACACCAGCUGGUCCAGCUUCAUCAACCCCUGGAGCAGGAAGAUCUCCUUCAUCAUUGGGAGACACAGAGUGAGGGUGGGGCCUCUAAAUGAGGACGUGUUCUCUGCUCCGCCGGGCCUGGAGGAAAAGGCCCCACAGCCCGGCGUCCAGGAGCUCACAGAGCAGAUCCACCGGCUGCUGCUGCAGCCCGUGCCCCACAGCGGCUCCAGCGGCUACGGGAGCCUGGGCAGCAACGGGUCCCAUGAGCAUCUCAUGAGCCAGACCUCCUCCAGCGACAGUGCCGGCCAGGAGGACCCCCGCCGGAGGAGAGCCGAAAUUUGUAAAAAUGGUAACAAGGCCAAAAGCAAAAUUCAUUACCCUGAUGAAUCUGGAGAACAAAAGAGCAAGCCUGCUUCAGAAAUGCAGAGCGGUUCCCCGACUCUGAUGAAAGCUGCUGCGGCCAUGGAGAAGGACAGCUCCAGGGCCAGCCUGCCCGAGGUCAGCCCUCCCAAGGAGCUGGCCUGCAGGGACCCACCGGCCGGCUCCUACCAGCAGAUCAGCUGCCUGGACAGCGUCAUCAGGUACCUGGAGAGCUGCAGCGAGGCAGCCACCCUGAAGAGGAAGUGCGAGUUCCCUGCGAGCCUCGCCACGCCCCAGGCCAGUGACAAGCGCCAGGCCCUCGCGGGCCCCGGGCUGCAUGCUGCAGCAUCGCCCUCCCCGAUGAAGGGCCGCAGGGACGUGAGCGCGCACCUGACGUCGCUGACGCUGCCCGGCAAGGCGGAGAGUGUGGCGUCCCUCGGCAGCCAGUGCAGCUACAGCAGCACCAUCGUCCACGUGGGGGACAAGAAGCCGCCGCCCGAGCUUGAGCCGCUGGGAGAUGCUGCUGCAAGCGGGCCCGAGUCUCUGGAGUGCCCGGCGGGCCCCGCGCUGCCCUGCGGCCUCAGCCAGGACCAGGAGGCCUUCCAGAAGCUGGGCCUCACCAAGGAGGUGCUAGCCGCCCACACCCAGAAGGAGGAGCAGAGCUUCCUGCUGCGGUUCCGGGAAAUCAGGAAACUCCAUGUUUUCCAGUCUCGCUGCCAUCAUUAUCUGCAAGAAAGGUCCAAGGGGCACUUGAGCGACAGAACUGCUCCUGGACUAAGAAAUACCGCUGGAGUAGACUCCUCUUGGAAAAAAACCGGGAAGAACCGAAAACUGAAGUCCAAACGUGUCAAGCCUCGAGAGUCCUCGGGCAGCACCGGGUCUGGGGGUCCAGCGCCCCAGCGCCUCCCACUGGUGGGCCUGAACACCACAGCCUGGUCCCUGUCGGACACAUCACAAUCCAGCUGCCCAGCGAUGCCCUUCCCUGGCCCAGUGCCAGCCUACUCCCUGCCCUUGUUUCCAGCCCCAGGAAUAGUGACCGCACCAGGGACCGUGACCACAGGGUCCGGGGCUGCCCACACCGACCUCGCAGUGCCCGUGGAUGCCCAGCAGGCGCUCGGGGUCCAUCCCCCGCCGUUCGCCAGCCCCUUGGCCCCGGUCAUGGCAUUGGUCUUGCCCGGCUACUCCUUCUCCCCGGUGACCCCAGCCUUGCCCCCAGCCUUCUUCCCCAGCCAGCCAAACUUUGCAUCUGAGAUGCCUCCUGCCUCACAGCCCGAGUUCUUCCCUGAUCGGACUUCAGCCCCCAAACAGCCGUGCCCAUGUGCCCCAGCGGAGCGAGGGCCACCCAUGUCGCGCGUGGCCACCCCAGGUACCCCGCCCCCCUCUGCUGGGCCCCCAGACAGGACCUCCCUGCCACUCUUCCAGUCCCGCGGAAGCUCACCGCUGCAGCUCAACCUCAUGCAGCUGGAGGAGGCCCCUGAGGGCACCGCAGCGGCCACAGGGACCGUGGGUGCAGGUGCCGACUGCAAGCCUGGCUCAUCCUGGGACUGGCAGCCCAAGUCACCCCCAACCCGCGAGGAGCCAGCGGAUGCCCAGAACAGUGACUCGCUCUCCUCGUCCAGCGGCUUGCUGCACCUCCUGCUGCAGGGGGACCUCUGCUCGGCCACGGGCUCUGCGCUGUCUGGGAGCCAGGCCUCCGCCACCUCCUGCUCCCUGGCCUCCGGCUCCCUGGGCUGCGAUGCGUCCAGAAGUGGGCCAGGCAGCAGCGACACGAGUCACACCAGCAGGUAUUUCGGAAGCAUCGACUCUUCAGAGAAUAACCACAGAGCAGCAGUGAAGGCGGAGGUGGAUGGGACUGAGCACCUCCUCAAGUAUGUCCUCCAAGACCCCGUCUGGCUGCUGAUGGCCAACACGGACGACAGCGUCAGGAUGACCUACCAGAUAACUGCACGAAACUUAGAGACGGUCCUACAGGAGGACAGGGAGAAGCUGAAGGCACUGCAGAGGUUCCAGCCCAGGUUCACAGAUGGGCAGAAGCAGGAACUGCAGGACAUCCACCCGUGGAUGCGGUCAGGUGGCCUGCCCACGGCCAUUGACGUGGAGGGAUGUGUUUACUGUGAAAACGAGGGAGAAGACAGCCUUUGUGUGGCGUAUGAGGAAGACACCCCUACACUGGGGCUCAGCGAAAUGACAGACACCAAAGGAGAGGAGACAACUUCAGAGAAAGCAGCUUCCCCUGCCCCCCCAUCCUUUGAUGGAGAAUCAGCUACUAGAAUAAGUGAAGCUUCCUUGUAA